CACUACCGGUGCAGGCGACAAGUUAGACAGUGGUGAUAUUUACAGUGAUUGUAAACAAAGGUGGCCACGGGUGCCAGGGUAUGCGUGCAAUGGGGUACGAACGUCUUUGCCAUUCAUGGCCAUGCCUCAGAAAAGUUUGAGAAAAACUGUGGCCGGCGAACCGUCUUAUUUAAUAUCCAAAAAUGUCGGAGCGACUUCUGCCAGCUGCUGCUAAAGUGGUCAUUUGCGGUGCUGGUGUGAUAGGCAACUCGAUCGCUUACAACCUUGUGAAACGUGGUUGGACAGACAUUGUUGUUCUUGAAAAAGGCCGUAUUGGGUGUGGUGCAACAUGGCGUAGUAGUGGCUUGGUGGGCCAGCUCCAGCCAACAAUUGAUGGAAUCCUUGCACGCUCCAGUGCCAAGCUUUAUCAAGAGUUGCAUGAUGCAGGACAUGAUAUUGGAUGGAGAAGGUGUGGCUCACUUAGUGUUGCAAGGACAGAAAAGCGGAUGACAUCACUUCUCAGACUUGCUGCUGAAGCACGGGCAAGAGGAAUUGAAUGUACAGUCCAGCAGCCAUAUAAGCUUUUAGAGUACCACCCUCAUCUUUUGACUAAAGACCUUGUGGGAGGGGUUUUUGUUCCUGGAGAUGGUAUAGUUGAUCCUGUGGCUCUAUGCCAGACUAUGGCUGACUUGGCACAGCAAGGAGGAGCAACGUACAUUGAGGACUGCCAUGUGAAUCGAGUUGUCAGCGACCAGGGGGUUGUGGUUCAAGCUGAAACAGAACUAGGAAGCAUCAGCUGCGAGUAUUUCAUCCUUGCCGGUGGCAUGUGGUCUAGAGAACUUGGACAAACAAGUCAACCAAAAUUUAUGGUUCCAAUUCAUGCUGCCAAGCAUUCAUUUGCCAUCACUAAGGCUCUGGACCAACCGAGUGGUUGCCUUCCAGUUGUGUGGGACUAUGAUGGUCGUGUCUACUGUAGAACCUUUGGUGAUGGCUUCCUGCUUGGUGGAUUUGAGGAGACUGCUAAGCCAGUCUUCCAUUAUGACGUCCCUGACCGUUUUGAAUUCGUGCGCCUACCACCAGACUAUGCUCAAUUUCAAAGCAUCUAUAGUCAGUUCCAGCACCGGUUUCCAAGACUGCAGCACUUGGAGCUUGCUGAGUUGGUUACUGCCCCAGAGACCUUUACACCUGACAAUCAUUGUAUUUUGGGGGAAACUUCAGAGGUGGAACGUCUCUUUCUUGCUGUUGGUACCAACGGCGCACAGACGCAAAUGGCUGGCGGAAUUGGCCGUGCAUUGGCCCUUUGGCUGUGUGAUGGCGCACCUCGUGCAUACCUGUUGCCUUGUGACUGUCGUCGCUUCCUGGACUUACACAACAAUGCAAAGUUUCUACGUGAGCGUGUCCAAGAGGCAGUUGGAAGAACAUACCUAGCACCUCACCCACUUCAAGCUGAAUUUCGAACAGGACGUCGCCUUCGUUGUUCACCACUGCUGCCACUUCAGGAACAGCAGGGCGCUGUGCUUGGUGAAAGAAUGGGCUUUGAACGAGCAUUGUUUUUUGAUCCUCAGCACAUUCUCGGGGAGAACCACACCAGCCCAGAGCCAACAUAUGGAAAGCCUGCAUGGUUGGAGCAUGUGCAUCGGGAGUAUGUGGCUUGCCGAGAGAGAGUCGGCCUAAGUGACAUGUCAUCAUUUACUAAAUUCUACCUCGAGUCCGGAGGACUGGAGGUUGUGGACUUUCUGCAGCUGCUCUGCUCAAAUGAUGUGGAUGUUCCAGUGGGGCACAUUGUGCAAACAGGCAUGCAGAAUGAUUAUGGUGGCUACGAAAAUGAUUGCAUCUUGGUGCGCAUGGAUGUAAAUCGUUAUUUCAUGGUUUCACCGACAGCACAGCAAACCCGCAUUGCCAAAUGGGUUCGGCGGCAUCUGCCACGAGAUGGUUCAGUCUCACUGCGAGAUGUUACAUCUCUUUACACAGUGUUGUAUAUUCUGGGGCCCAAAUCUAGGGCCCUUUUGGAAGAAGUCACUGACCAAGAAAUACAAGUAGAGCCAUUUACGUGCCAAGAAAUGGAUUUUGCAUAUUCUACGAAUGUGCUGCUGAUGGGUUACAACAACACUUUAGAACCCGGAUACUCAAUCUAUAUUCCAUCAGAGUAUGCUCAGAAUGUCUACAGCAGGUUAAAAAAGGCUGGUCGUGACUAUGGAAUAUUGGAUGUCGGUUAUUAUGCAUUGAGGAUGCUGAGGAUUGAAAAGUUUGUUCCAUUUUGGGCUGAAGAGCUUGACAGUAGUGUAACUCCCCUGGAGGCUAACCGGAGUUCCCGUGUUAAACUUCAGAAAGAACCGCGAUUUAUCGGCCAAGAGGCAUUACAGCAGCAGGCAGUGGAAGGCCUGCGUCGGCAACUAGCCUUCUUCCAAUUGACUGGCCAUGACACCGAACGAGAUCCUUGGGCAUGGGGCCAAGAGCCUAUAUUUCGAGAUGGCCGCUUCAUGGGGCUCACCACAUCAGGAAGCUAUGCUUUCUCUUUGGGGCGUAAUGUCUGCCAAGGUUUCGUUCAUUGGUUCAACCCAAGCAGCAAGCAGCUUGAAUUGUUGCCAGACAACCUGUUCUCCGAAGGGAGUUUUGAGGUGGAGCUUGCUGGUUGCAGGUUUCCUGUUCAAGCGUCUGUGACACCACCUGAGCUCUCUGUUGCGCCGAUGGGUGGCAUACGUGACCAGUACAAACCUCAAGCCAGAACUCUACUUUAACAUGUUGCACUAAGCUGGUAACAAAAAACAACUGCAUGUCUGGGAUUUUGUUUCUGGUUUUACAGUACUAUGAAAGCAUAUUUUCUGUUUUGCAGCAAUGAAAUGUUGUAGCUCUCCAUGAUUUUAUGUUAAUUGCAUUAGGGGUGCAAUCUUGUAGUCAUUGUGACUGAACAGAACACAUCAUGAGAGAAUGAGAGGGAGAAAACAACUAGUAGGUGAAAAGCGAGCUCCCCAGAAAGAUGUGUUAUAUUUUGAUUGUCUGUUGAGGAAGUUCGGAAUAGUUUUCAGUGCAUGAAGAAAUAUAGAAUUAUUAUAACUGAUUAUCAGUAUUUGGGGCCACUGCAUCUCAAAGCUUGAAAUUGAAGAGCACGAUUACUUUGAAAAAUUUAUUUGUGUUAAUAGAUGUUGAUUGGGUGCUAGGUAGUGUUGCCAUUUCGCGAGACGUUCACCUGUUUGCCAUUUUCACAAACUCUAAGUGCUGGAUCGGAUUGAGCCAAAGACAAAGCAGGCUAAUUUGAUUCUCCAGUACGAGUGCUUAUGUUUUGAUCUAAUCCAAGUCAUCCGGAGACUGUUCUAUAUCCAUUCUAUCAAAAGUAGCGGUGUCUCUGUUCUGUGCCUGUUACUCGCCUGGCAGAUGACAAAACAAUUUACAGAACUGCCUUUUCCUGUUGCUGUUAUCACGUCUGACCAUCAGGUGAGGCUGGACCAGCCCCAUGCGUUGCGCUAGAGUGUUCUAUUACAGAAUGUGUGCAAGAUUGCACCCUAGGAGUAUUUCAUGAGAUCAGCAUAAUGUUUUCUUCCUUACCUAUUCAUUCCUGUGAUGGCAUGUUCCAGUCAAGUUGUAUGUGCAGCAAGGUAGGGAAGUUUAUUAGUGACUGUUAUUGCCACCAAUGUGUUCAGAUUGUCAAAAUGUUAAUGGCAAGGCACACAUAUAUAACCAAAAUUAUACUCCACAAAAGGUUUUAUGUUCUUGUAAAUGUUUGACAGUGCCCUUUCCUUCAUUAGUAAGCUCCAAAUAUUCACUCUAUUCUCACACAAGCAAACAUGUAGGAACUUGUCUCGUGGGUGUUUGAAUGAGUAGAAUAUCAAAUGAAAUUGUUUGCGCAAGCCUGAUGGAUGCUUAAAUGGCUAGAAUCAUUAAAUAAUGUGAACACAAAUAGUUUAACGAAAUGGCCUGCGAGUGGCAAAUAUAACAUCAGAUGUUUCCAAUUUCUAAAAGAAAAAGUAAAUGGAAAGGUCCAUGGAAUCAUUCUCAAUUCACACAGUAAGAAGUGUUGUUCCUUAUAUUAGUGUUUUGACAAAACAUAUAUUCAACAGCUUCAGACAGUGAAUUCUCGAAUCAGAUAUCAAUCAAAUAGCAUACUGUUAAAUUCAUAUUUGUAUGACCUUUGAGGGUAGGUAGCAAUCCACAGGAUUCAUAGUGUGCUGCUGGAUCCUCAAGGGUGCGAUAUUGGUGCAAUGGUACUCUCAUGUCAUUGGCUUACCAGCUGAUGAAAUUUUUUUGUCAUAUUUUGGCACAGUUCUUGUUGUAUUUAAGCUUGUAUUUAUUAAGGAAACAGUUAUUACUGCCAGUUAUGAUGGUUAACACACAAAUGACCUAAACCUGCCUCCUUUCUUUUUUUUUUUCUCUCCCCCCCUUUACUUUUUGAGCAAAAACAUGGCCCAGUGAAAUGCUACAACAUUGGAAACAGCUUCUCAGCCUGUGCAGUUAUGAUUCCACAGUGCCAAUUCACCUGUACACUCAUAAUAACUGAAGCUUAAAAAAGUCAACUUUAUGGUGGCGGUGUUCGUUGAACAGAUGGAGGCAGUGCAACUUGAGAAGACAACCACUGCAAAACCAGAAAUGCAAAAAUGAAGUGCUUGAUUAGUCGGUCUAAGAAAAUCAAUGUUCCCAGUUAGUAUUUAGCAAAGAGGCUACGCUAUAAUAAGGUGUGGCUGGGAGUAUUCUCCCCCUUGCCAAAAGCAGUGAAUAAUCUGAAAUCUUGCCAAUAGGCAAUGAGUUUUACUGCUUGUCUCAUGAAGCCUAGAAUUCGAUUGAUAUUUCAAAGUAGUUUUGAGCGAACUUGUGUGCUCUCUGCUGCUCAUAAGAAAAUAUUGUCUGGCCAUUUACAACAACACAGUCUAAUGACUGGGUAGGUUUAUCUACCAAUUUCUUAAGUAUUGCAGGGCCUUUUUUGCUGUGUAACUAUGCAAUUUUAAUGACAUUAAGAUAUGCCAUCUUUGUACAACUCCAUGGUAAGCUUAAUAGCCGCACCCGUAAAAUUCUUUAAAGGCCCCUUUAACACUCAGAGGUUGAAUUGUUGUGGUGGAGCAGUUGUGCGUAAGUGUGCAAUGAGCACUUAUCCAUGAGAAUUUUUCAAAAUGGUGCCAUAAUAGCAGAGUCAGGCACGUUUGAUCAAAACGCAGCAAUCCCUACUUUAGGUCUUCCUUCGCUACCCUCUGAGGGUCAUUUUGCCCUCCUUGCCGAGUGCCCCUUCUGAUCUCACCUGGCAUAUGUCAUGGCAUAUUCCGUUUGAAACACUGUCUACUUCUGGUUGCCGCAACUCCAUCAACUCUGUGCUUAUUGGCUAACCCAUGUUGCCGUGCCGGGCCAAGCUCCUACGAAUAUGGUCCCUGUGUUGCGUGCUCACCUUCACUGUAUCGCCAGCAUGAUGGAUCCUUAUGUUCACAUGCCGUGCCAGAGAAGUUUGUUUGUGCUAGAUGAGCCAAUGUCACAGCAACCGAACGAAGAACAAAAAGCUCGGCCAGCAGCUUACAGACAAACUGGAAGGUAUAGGUUCUUGUUCGACCAUUUGCAGCAUGACUUGCACUCAACGUCACAGGUUCAACGUCACGACAUCACUCACGUCACUACAGAGGGCCUAGAGAGGAGGAGGAAUUGUUUCUUGGAAUUUGUUGUGCGCCCAUGGCUUGUAGCGCUGCCCCUUGUGGCAUCAUUGAUCGUGACGGCAUUCUGCACAUAAUGCGCGUGUUUGCUUAAAAUGUUUGAAAAAAUAUUGGAGGUGUUUUUGGGGCCUUUUAAGUAAGCAUCUACUGUAUGUGCACUACAAUAGGCCCAUAAAAUACGAUUUAUUGACUGAUGGUACACCUACUAUUGAAGCCGAACAGCAUCCAGAUAUACUUUGGAUGACUGAAAUAUGCAUAUUGUAGCUUGAAUUGUGAUUGUGGAUGACUGAAAUAUGCAUAUUGUAGCUUGAAUUGUGAUUGUGGAUGACUGAAAUAUGUAUAUUGUAGCUUGAAUUGUGAUUGAAGCUCAAGUCAACUUUCUAGUCAUUUCAACUAACUUAUGAUCUGUAGAACGUUUUAUGUCGCAUUGUCUUCCUAAUUUCACUUUGAUCUUUUAUUUGUGCCCUGCAAAUUUUUUUAUUCAUUUCGUUGUAGGCAUUGCUAGGAAGCCAAUUUUGAUGUGAUGUGUCCAUCUUGUGGACAAGUACGCUGCAGUGGAGCGCAUUCAGUUGCUCGAAAAAGCGGCAAACCGUGAUGUCAUGGUGCUCUUGACCACAUCGACGCACCAAACCCGCCAGCACAUUCACAGCGAAAAAAACAAAACAAAAGUGGACAAAGUGUACAGUAACAGUAUACCUAUACAAACUUGACAUGUCAAAACUUGAAUACAAGCAUGUUCAGAUGUUUGAGAAUGAUGCAGGGAACAUGUACCAACUUUCCAGGUGCUUCAAGCAGGUGACUGCGUUGAACCCAAUUUGAGAGCUAACGUGAUCAAAGUUGAUGCGUAGUCUUAGACAUGUGCGUUCAAAAGUGGAUAUCUGGGGGCUGCGUUUGUUGCGGUGAAGUACAUUCCGUGCCUCUUAUUUGUGCCCAUAGCUGUGAAAGCUUCUUGACAUCAAAAUAAUGUUGCAAAAGAAGGACCGGACACUGGAGGUGCAUUUCUUGCCAAGCUCCAGCCAAUAAGCGGGCGGCCGAAGUGGACAGUCUGCAAUGUAGACUCAUCGAGAAUAGCUCCCCUGCUGGCAUUAUUUACAAAAGGUCACAAAGCUUUUUGCUCGCGCCUAUUCAGUGAAGUGUAUUAUAAAGUUUCUUGAGACUGUUUUGUAAAGAUAGGCGAUAUCAAUGCAGCUGAGUGUAAUAAAUCUUUCUAUAUCUAAAUUAGUGACAUGUACAAGUUCUUUUAACCAUUUAAUAUGACAGAUGGUGGUCUGUAAUUUUUUUUCCUUUUCUGAAAAAGGCCGUUUUUCAGCAAACUCGUUUUGCAUUGUUUCAUGGAGUCUUAACAUGAUGGCCAUCCUUUCCUUUAAUGUAGUUCCACAAGGGUAUUCAUAUCAGGUUUAUGUGAAAAAAAGAAAAAAAAAAUAUAUUUUUGUGUAUAUACACUUAUUGCUCCCUUAAGCUAUUCUAUACACUAACUUUCUUCUUAUGAGCAACAGAGAUACUGCAUUUUAAGCAGUAAGGUAAGAUGGCAUUAUUGUUAAGUAAUAUUGUCAGCAUGCUACGUAACAAUAUUAUUCAAUCAUUUGGGUGUACCUACCAAGGCAGCUUAUGGUAACAUUAAGAAUGACCAGGUGGAAAUCUUUAAAAGGAUUUCAUCAUGUUUUUUAUUAUAAAAAGAAGACACUGAAGUAUACAGACUGAGCGUAAAGCGUACCGUGUUAGCAAGGCAUCCAGAUCUGCCUUCCUUAACCUCUCAUUUGUGUGCUGGUGUGCUUCAAGAUCUGUUUAAUAUGCCCUCAAACCCAAAGAAAAAGGAACCACCAUGCACUGAAGUGAAAAAGCUAUGAAUCUGAGCAUGGUGAUGAAUCUCCGAGAAAGCAACGAGAACAUAAUGGAUUCAAGGUGCUGAGGGCAGUAACCUGUGCUGUGAUGAUUGUGAUAACCACACCUUCAUUCAUCAUGCUUUCAACCAUUUGGAAAAAUAAUCUUGUUUGAACACUUCUAACAUACUUCAUAGGCUCCUUUUGAAACCAUGAAAGCAUGAAACCAUGUGCUACAUGCCAUAGCAAUGUUUCUACUAACGUAUUCUUGUAAACAUAAAGGUAUAAUGAACGAAUAUUGAACAGGCUAAAGUGAGAAAAAGUGGAAGCUAAUGUUUACUAUAAUAAUUAAUACUUGAGCUUUUGUAGCAUUGUUGGUUACAGUGUUUUAAUAACUUGUGUAGGUCACCUUUGGAUUGUGUGUUACCUAUUCUCCUUUGUGGCAUCAUGCUUGUAGCAGCUUGUUCCUGGAUACUGCUCCUGCUUUCCAUGCUGUCAUUUUGGAAAAUAAACCUUUAUAAUGAUGUCA